AUGUUGCGCGCGCUUAUCCUCGUUCUUGUCGCUAUUUCAGUGAUUCAAGCAUAUGCGGCUGUAAUACCCAACACGAUACCAGUGUGUCAGUCAUUAAAUGAACGACAACUUGUUGAUUCCAGUUCGAUGUUGGAGGUACGCGGUCUCAGAGACAAGUUACAAAAAUUUAGGACCAAGUUCCGAACGAAAAUGAACCCUACUUCGAAAAGCAAGGAUAGCGACUCUAUCCGCCCUGCAGACACUCCCCAUAUGUCCCAGGCCUCCUUGAAGGAAGAGGCUUUGCUCCCUUCAGGAGCCUCGAAUUCUACAACACCUGGGAAGCAUCGUGGUGGUCAGCGGAAAAUGGGUCCCCAGCCCAAGGAGGAUGAGUCAAAAGGGAAGGAACCCGCCCUCGCCAACUCAUCUCCUUUCAAUGAUACGUCACAGAUCACGGAAGGGAGUGACACCACCUCCCAUACAUCCAGCUCGACAAAGCACCACCACCACCACCACCAUCGUACCUCUGCCGCGACGGCGAAUAUCCAUAAAGAUGAUGAUGACGACACAUCCACCUUGAAGCCACCUAGACGUCACAGAGGCUCGACAGUCACCGGCACCACCAACGUACCUCCCAAACCCGACCUAAAGCGAGUUAGCUCUUCAAUGUCCUCAGGAUCGGAAUAUGCCGUAACCAUUUCCAGCGAAGACGGCAACCAGUCAAUUAAAGAUCCUCGUCCCGAACGUCUCUGGGUACCCGGUCAUCAUCGUACAAGCUCUGCUGCCUCUAAGCACAACAGUCUCGACGCAGGUGUAAUGAGAACAGGAAGUAGUGCCAGUCGCGGGCCCGGGGGUCCUAAUAGGGGUAGGCCGAGGACAGGCAGCAUGAAUAAUUCGAUGGAUAGGUCAAGCACAAGAGAGAGAGAGAAAGAGAGAGAGAAAGAGAGAGAAAGAGAGAAAGCUGAGAACCGCGCGUCAGCACUCUACGCAGCGACCCAAAAUACACAAAAUAUGCAAACCACACAGUCUGCUGCCUUCAAUGCGAAUACAUUCGCUACAAACUUUGGGAACGCAGCAGCCCCGGUUCCAGGUAUGACUAAACCGCCGGGGACGCGUUAG